GCUGCAGGACUACGCCAAGAAGCCCCGGCCACGGGAGCUGCUGCAGGGCCUGGUGCAGCUCCGCAGCCUCACCGAUACCUUCUCGGCCAUCAAAUACGUGGCGGAGAACAUCUUCACCCCUGAGAACGGGGCUCGGGCGGGGGCCAAGCGGGUGAUGAUCAUCAUCACGGACGGCGACGCCACCGACAGCGGCACUGUGCAGGAAGCCGAGGAGCGCGGCAUCAUGCGCUACAUCAUCGGGGUGGGGAACAACUUCAACAGCCCCAACACGCAGCUCUACCUCAGCCAGUUCGCCUCGCGGCCCAGCUCCGAGUUCGUCAAGGUGCUGGACAGCUUUGAGAAGCUGCGCGGGCUCUUCCGUGAGCUGCAGGCCAAGAUCUAUGACAUCGAAGGCACCAGCGACCAGAACCGCUUCCACCUCGAGCUCUCCUCCAGCGGCUUCAGCGUCGAUGCCAUCAAUGGCCAUCAUGUGACUGGAGCAGUGGGGGCCGACAACUGGGCCGGGGGCUUGGUGCAGAUGGCGCCGAGGCCAGAGGUCUUUGUGCCCAGCCCCUCGUUGGCCGAGAACCUGACGGACACCUACCUGGGCUACUCGGUGGUGGGGGUCCCGCGCCCUGGGCAGUCGCUGCUGGCGGCGGGGGCCCCCCGGCACGGGCAUGUGGGGCGCGUGGUGCUCUUCGAGGUGGCCGGGCCCGGAGGGGGCUGGCAGGCGCUGCAGAGCCUGGCCGGGGAGCAGGUGGGGUCGUACUUUGGGGCCACGCUCUGCGCUCUGGAUGGGGACAGGGACGGGGCGAGUGAGGGGCUGCUGGUGGGGGCCCCCAUGCACUUCGACGGGCGCCGGGGGGGGCGCGUGCACCUCUACCAGUGGGGGCAGGAUGGGCUGGAGGAGGCCGGGGAGCUCUGGGGAGCCCCAGGGCACCCCCUGGGGCGCUUCGGGGCGGCGCUAGCGGCGCUGGGUGACCUGGACGGGGACGGGGUGGCCGAGGUGGCCGUGGGGGCCCCCAUGGAGGAUGAGGAGCAUGGCGCCGUCUACAUCUUCUCCGGGCGCAGCGGGGGCCUGGAGCCACGCUACAGCCAGCGGCUGGAGGGCCGCGUGGGGGGCCCCGGCCUCCGCUUCUUCGGGCAGGCGCUGGACGGGGCCAUGGACGUGACCGGGGAUGGGAUGGUGGACCUGGCCGUUGGGACCCAGGGACACGUGGUGGUGCUGAGCUCCCUGCCCAUCGUGACGGUGACCUUGCGCCUGAGCUUCUCCCCGGCACAGAUCUCGCUCAGGAUGGUCGACUGCUCCAACAACACCGGCACCUCCGUCCAGCUCCUGCUCUGCUUCCAGGCCCGCCUGGACACCACCUCCUACACAGGAGACCUGGUCGUACCCCUCGCCUUCCACAUGGACGUGGACCCGCAGCGGGUUCGGGGCCGCGGGGUCCUGGGCAACGGGAGGCGGCAGUGGGACGGGCACGUGGAGCUGCGCGGGGAGGACAACUGCCUGCAGGAGACGCUGCACAUCCUGACCUGCCUCGAGGACUUCGUCACCUCCAUCCGCGUGGCUGUCAACUUCUCCCUGGACGCUGCCGGGCCCUGGGACGCCCCCAACCUCGUCCUGAACCCCGAGAUCACAUCGGGAUGGACUGAGGUCCCCUUCGAGAAGAACUGCGGGGCCGACGAGGUGUGCGAGGCCGACCUGGGGGUCUCAGCGCUGCCGGGGGGCGCGGUGCUGGCGGGGGCCCCCGGCGUGGAGCUGGCGGUGGCCCUGCGGCUGCGCAACGGUGGGGAGGACGCCUACGGGGCCGCCCUGCGCCUCCGCCACCCGCGGGGGCUCUCCUUCCGGAGGGCCGGCGCCACCCAGGGCACCUCCCCCGUGGCCAUCAGCUGCCAGGAGCAGGGGACAGCCACAGGACCCCGGGACCUGGGCUGCAACGUCAGCCGCCCCGUGCUGCGUGCCGACAGUGUGGUGGACAUCGAGGUGGUCUUCGACGUCCUGCAGAACAGCUCGUGGGACGAGAGGCUGGAGCUGAUAGCCAACGCUAGCAGCGACAAUGAGCCACCCACCACCCUGAGGGACAAUGUGGUCACCUGGCACAUCCCCAUGCGCUACGCCGUCAGCAUCGUCGCCAGAUGGCAGGAGGACUCCACCCCCUACCUCAACUUCACCUCCGACGACCCCCGCCACAAGACACUGUGGCACCGCUACCAGCUGGAGACCCUCCUGCCCGCCCCCCCUGGCGUCCCCCCCCCGGAGCUGACAGCCUUCGUGCUCCUGCCCCGCACGCUGCCCCACGGCCUGCGCUGGGUCCCCAACGUCCGCGUGGAGGAUGGCGCCGCCUGCGAGGCUCUGGCCGAGGGUGAGGUCGGGGAGGAGGGGAGGGAGCUGCAGCGGAGCAUGGACCAGGCCUGCGCCUCCCCCCGCCUCCUCCCCUUCCGCUGCCCCCUGGGGAAGCUGGGGGCUGGUGCACGCGUCCUGCUGGAGGCCCAGGUGGAGCCACCCGCCAGGAUCCAGGCCGCCGCCCGCCCCCGACUCUGCUCCGGCCUCUGGUUUGCCUUCGACACCCAGCGCUUCGCCAGCACCCUGGGGCCUGAGUUCUCCUGGACGCAGGGGGCCACGGAGGUGGAGCUGCUGCCGGUGCUGAACUUCAUGCUGAUCUACGUGGGCAGCGGCGUCGGGGGGCUGGUGCUGCUCAUCCUCAUCACCGUCGGCCUCGUCAAGUGUGGCUUCUUCAAGCGCAGCUACCGGGAGCGGAUGGAGGAGGGGGCGGAGCCUGAUGGGGCGGAGUCCGAAGGGGUGGAGCCUAAUGGGGCGGAGCCACUGAAAGAGCCCUGAGCCCCGCCCCCUUGUGUGAUAAUCCCCGUCCCCUUUCUGUGUUAAGCCCCACCCCUUUUCUAUGUUAAGCCCCGCCCAGCGUUGGGUUAAAGAGGGGCUGGUUGGGUUGGGUUGGGUUGGGUUGGGUCGGGUCGGGUCUUUAAUGGGUUGUAGUGGUUUGUACUGGUCUGUAGUGGUCCGUAGUGGUCUGUACUGGUCCGUA